AUGGAAAAAUUCAGCGAUUGGAGAGAUAAGGGCACGGGGAUCUCUCCGUUUAUGCCCAUACCGCCCGCCAACAGCUCUGUGCUUGUGAAGUACGUGAUGGGUCCAAUUCUGGCGCUUUUGAAGAUCGUUCCAUCGGCAAUCUUGUGCUUGUUGUCGGCUCUCUGCUGGCCAGUUGGAUUUCUCUUCAGGCCGGUUCUGAGGCUGUUGCUGCUGGUUUUGUUUAAUGUCAGCGAGAUCGAGUUUCUGGCUGACGGGGCCAAAAAGUCCAAUACCAAAAUGAUUAACUCGAAACGGCCAGACAAGGGCCAAUUGGUGUUUGUCAACUUUUCUUCUCCUUUGGACUGUCUUGUCCUGUACCUGGUCAGCAAAUCGAACAAAUGCAUUUUCCUCACCGCAGACAGCAGGGGCAAUCUCAGGAAACUCAAUGGCCUCUUAGAAACCUUCAGCUUUGCUCUAGCCCAGCCCCAGCUCACCUCCCCGGCUGCAGACCCAGUGGACCUAUCCAAAUUGAAAAACAGUGUGGUAUUUGUUCUAGCGGAAGGAACAACGACCAACAACAGGAGCGUUCUUGCAUUUCCACCGAUCGAUCUAUCCGCCAUCUACUCCACAUACAAAAACACGUUCGAGUUUAAAGCUAUCAGCAUAAAAAUUCUACCUCCCUCAUUGGUGACCACUCCCAUACCCCAAUCAGCAGCCUCGUAUCUUUAUUCUCAUUUGAGCCAUCUCAAGCUAGAUGCGAGGUUCAAGCUCAAAAGUUUUGACCUUGGGGAUUUGAAGCCAGCCACCGUCAGGGAGAAGUUGUCCAAUUACGGAGCUCUGAAAUUGACUGGCCCGGAUCUUGACAUCGCCAAAAAACUGUCCUUCAUCUCCGCCUAUAAUAAAACCACUAGACGUGUAUAA